UUUGGUCGUAAUCCAAUGCAUUACGUGCCACUAAGCUCGGUGGAUAAUGACACGGCAGCAAUAUAUUGGGGUUUUGUGACGAUUGUCGAGUUUGAAUAACAAAAUCCAAAUGAUUACACACGUCAUAAAGACUCUUCUCCAAGCAACUAUGAGAUUGAUGAACAAGGUUAUUUGACCAAACUAUAUAACAAAUUUUCAUUUUAUCUCCACUUGUGGUCUGUAUGCAUAUAAUAAAUAAUUAAGUCCAUGUUUCAAGCAAUACUCAAUUCCAAAGAAGAAGAAAAAAUGGAUGAAGAAAUUGAGAACAAAGUGAUUCUCCAUGGAUCAUACGCGAGUCCUUACAGCAAAAGGAUUGAGUUAGCACUCAAGCUUAAAUCCAUACCUUACCAAUUCGUGCAAGAAGAUCUCCAGAGCAAGAGCCAAACCCUUCUCCGGUACAAUCCGGUUCACAAGAAGAUCCCGGUUCUCGUCCACAACGGUAAACCCAUAUCUGAAUCCUUAUUUAUCAUUGAGUACAUCGACGAAACGUGGAGAAACGGACCACAUCUUUUGCCAGAAGACCCUUAUAGAAGAUCUAAAGUCCGGUUUUGGGCUAACUACAUCCAAUUACACCUUUACGAUGUGGUGAUAAAAGUGGUGAAAAGCGAAGGAGAAGAGCAAGAGAGAGCUCUCACAGAGGUGAAGGAGAAGCUGAGAGUUAUAGAGAAAGAAGGGCUUAAGGAGAUUUUCUCUGACACUGAUGGUGAACCGACCGUGACAAACGAGACCAUGAGCCUCGUAGACAUUGUGAUGUGCACUUUGCUUAGCCCUUACAAGGCACACGAAGAAGUUUUGGGUCUGAAGAUUAUAGACCCAGAGAUAGUUCCUGGUGUCUACGGUUGGAUCAAUGCUAUUAACGAAACCAGAGUGGUCAAAGAUCUAAGUCUUCCUUAUGAACAAGUCCUAGAGAUUCUUAGGGUUUUCAGACAGAUGUCUCUCUCCCGUUCCUGAAACUUAUCAGUCUUAAGUUUUGGAUUGCUUGAUGCAAAGUUUUAAAAUUAUGUCUCUGUUUUUAUAUGUUACUAAUACUCUCUGUUUUUGAGACCUUUCCAGUGGUCUUGCCUCUACAGACAACAUUCAGAUUAAAUUUUCUUCUAAUAGGAAGACUUUGUUUAAUC